AUGCAGAAUAGGCAUCCAACAAAUCACGGGGCCCAGAACAGGGCUAAUGAUUAUGGAUCGGCUGUAAAGAACAGCCUUCCGCCUAAUCAACAGUUUGUUGCCAGCCAACCAUACCAGCAGUAUAGUCGAAAUCAGGGACAGGCUAUCUAUGCCCCCCCAGGCACAUUUGAUAGUGGUUAUGUUUAUAUGUAUCCACAACAGGCUCAAAUGGCACAAAGAUCGUAUGUUAUCAAUGGCCAGCCAACUGGCAUUAUGAAUCUUUCCGCCUACCCUUAUUAUACAACUCAAACUUACCAAACAGUUCAACAGCAACCACUGCAGCCACCUCAGCCACAACAACAACCUCAGCCACCGCAGCAACCACAGCAGCAACAACAAGUCCAACAUCUUCCUCAAUAUCAAGUGACUCAACAUCAAUCGCAGCCAGCAAAAUCAACUAAAAGAAUGAUUGACAUAGUGAACCCGACAACUGGGGAGAGGAUUAAUCUCAUGGAUGUCGCUAGCAAAGAAACAGCUACUCAAGCACAGCCCCAGUUCCAGAGAGGUCAACCUCAAUUAUUACAACAGCAACAGCAAUCGAUGUUCUAUCACGGACCAAGUAACACCAGUGCGGAUCACCAGCAACAACAUCUUCAACAGCAGCAACAUGCAUUGUCAGUGAAGGAACAGUUUGCAUCGAAAGUGGCAGCCACCCUUCAGACCCACCACCACAGCAGUGAUGUGCAGACAAGCGGUGAUCAGGAGUCGCCUAAGCAGGCAAUUGAGGCUCCCCAGAAUAUCAAUCAAGAACAGCAGCAUCACAUGUUGCAUCAGCACCAAGUGCAACAGUCCAUCACUGUUGAGCAAACAUUGCAAAAAAAUGUUGAUUCUUCAAAUGACAGUGGUAAAUCUUCAAAGCCUGUUGUGGUUGAAUGUCAGAAGGAAACAACAAAUGUAAAUAUACAGACGAAUUCACAUGCAAAUUCAAUGAACUCUGUAGAAAUGGUUUCUUCAAUCGCUAAUAAUGGUUCGACUAUUAUAAGCAAUGUUGUUGAGGAACCAACUCAGCAAAAAAGAAUAGCGAAUAAAAUUGUUGCGUCAAGUGCUCAAGAACAACAUCAACCAAACAUGCAUCAACAGCAACAAAAACAUCAACAACAGCCUCUGCAACAUCAGCAAGGCAAACAGCACAAACAACAACAAAACUUUCAGCAGCAGCAGAAAAGUAAUCAACAACAACAACCUCACCAGCCACAACAUCAGCAGCAACAACAACAACAGCAACAAACUAUGCUGAAAACCACCCAGAUUACUGUAACAAAACCGGUUGUAAAGGAGACAUCUAAUGUUGAAGCUGCUGUUGAGGACGAUGGCGGAUCAGAAUGCACACUCACACAUGCACAGAUAUACAAAAAUAGGUAUAUGCUUCCAUAA